ACACAGCGAUUUACUCGAAAACCACGCAAGGCUUUCACGUAAAAAUUCGUCACUACGUUCAGCAAGCAAGACUGACCAACCCCGGGAAAUUUUGUGUAAUGACGUCACGCCGUUCAAAAGUUAUCCCGCAAACCUGUUUUCGAGAGCUGUCAGAAAAUUUGCCUUUGAGCUGGCAGUGCACUUCAGCUGCCCAUUCCCUGCAUCCUGGUCGAGGAAGAGCAUGGCGGGGAAGGACUGGUUCACCUCCUUCAUGGAGCGCAGUGGCAGCCUCUCCCUUCGGCGUCCAGAGGCCACUAGCCAACAACGGUUGUCAAGUUUCAACCUAAGUAAUGUAAACUUGUUCCACCAAAAUUUAAAGACAGUGCUGGACCGGCACCAGUUCCAGGCCAAGGAUAUUUGGAACAUUGAUGAAACAGGGGUCACCACUGUCCAGGUGCCAGACCGUGUCGUCGCCCAGAUGGGGCAGAAGCAGGUCGGGUCAGUGACCUCAGCGGAGAGGGGGACCCUGGUCACAGUUGCCCUGGCAGGCAAUGCUCAGGGCGACCUUGUUCCGCCAUUUUUCAUCUUCCCCCGUAAGCGGUUCAAAGACCACUUCCUGAGGGGUGGACCCGUUGGCUGUGCUGGCAGCGGCAACCCAACUGGCUGGAUGAAGGAGCCAGACUUCCUCCUGUACCUGGCCCACUUCACCAGUCACACCCGUGUGUCCAAGGAGUCGAAGCUGCUCCUCCUGCUGGACAAUCACACGUCCCACCUGUCAAUUGCAGCAAUUGAUUACUGCAGAGCCAAUGGCAUAGUGCUGCUGUCAUUCCCUCCCCACUGCACCCACAGGUUGCAGCCAAUGGACAUUAGUGUCUUCGGCCCCCUUAAGGGGUACGUAAACAGUGCGGCGGACAGGUGGAUGAGGAGCCACCCAGGGAUAAACAUCUCAAUUUAUGAUGUGCCCUCCAUCGUUGCUGAAGCCUUACCAAAGGCUGCAACAGUGAACAACAUCACCUCCGGGUUCUCAAGUCCAGGGAUCUGGCCUUUUAACCCCUCUGCAUUUGAGGAAAAGGACUUCGCCGGAGCCUAUUCGACAGACCGUCCUCCUCCCCAGGCUUCGGGUGACGAGGUCAGCGCUUCUCCAGGUGCCACUUCAGGCAUGGAUGUACCUGAUCGAGCUGCCGGGCCUGACGAAGCUGUCCGGCCUGAGGGAGAGGCCGUUGAAUUCAGCCCGGACAUCGUCCGGCCUUACCCUAAGGCCGGACCUAGAAAGAUCACAAAGAGAAGAGGGAGAAAGAGGACAACUGCUAUACUUACGGACACCCCGGUGAGGGCUGCUUUAGAGGCGGAAAAACAGGGAACUGUGAAGCAGCGUCGUCCCGCCAAGCAGCCUCCCUCCUCUCGGGCUCCCAAGAAGAGGCUCUUCUCGCCCGCUCCUGAAGCCGCCCCCCUUGCUGGAGUCACCCCUGGUGCCACCUCAGCUGCUCCUCCCACCAUCACCUGGCCCGCUGAUGGAGUCAGCCCCACCUUAGGCCUAGUUUGUCCUGUUCCGGAGGCAGCAGAGUUCACCACCAUUGCUGCCUCUACAUCUCCAAUUUAUUUAGACCUAUCCAGCGAGGACGUCAGCUGCCUCGUGUGCUGCGAGCUCUUCAGCGCCUCGAUGUCUGGGGAAGAGUGGGUCCAGUGUGUAUUUUGCUAUAAGUGGUCGCAUGAGGCUUGCACCGACGGGAGUGCACACUACCUGUGUCACCUGUGUGACAAAGAAUAA